AUGUCGGGUCAGAAGAUCGCCAUCGUCUCCGUCUACGACAAGACGGGUCUGCUGGACCUGGCCAAGGGCCUCAACCAGCAGAAUGUCCGUAUCCUCGCCUCUGGCGGUACCGCCAAGAUGAUCCGGGAGUCUGGAUUUCCCGUUGAGGACAUUUCCGCCAUCACCAAGGCCCCCGAGAUGCUGGCUGGCCGUGUCAAGACUCUCCACCCCGCCGUCCACGCCGGCAUACUCGCCAGAAACCUCGAGUCCGACGAGAAGGACUUGGCCGACCAGAACAUCAACAAGGUUGACUACGUCAUCUGCAACCUUUACCCCUUCAAGGACACCGUCGCGAAGGUCAAUGUCACUGUCCCCGAGGCUGUCGAGGAGAUCGAUAUCGGUGGCGUUACGCUCAUCAGAGCCGCCGCCAAGAACCACAGCCGUGUCACCAUCCUCAGCGACCCCAACGACUACGCCGAGUUCCUGAAGGAGCUCCAGUCUGGCGAGAUCACCGAGACAAGCCGCAACCGCUACGCCCUGAAGGCGUUCGAGCACACUGCUGACUACGAUGCCGCCAUCUCCGAGUUCUUCCGUAAGCAGUACGCCGCCGACGGCAAGCAGUACAUGGCCCUGAGAUACGGUGCCAACCCCCACCAGAAGCCCGCCGCUGCCUUCAUGAACUCUGGUGAGCUGCCGUAUAAGGUUCUUGGUGGAUCCCCCGGGUACAUCAACCUUCUCGAUGCCCUUAACAGCUGGCCCCUUGUCAAGGAGCUGAAGCAGGCUCUCGGCAAGCCCGCCGCCGCCAGCUUCAAGCACGUUUCUCCCGCCGGUGCUGCCAUCGGCACACCCCUGACCGAGGAGGAGCGCAAGGUUUACUUCGUUAACGAUAUUGAGGGCAUCGAGUCCUCUCCUCUCGCUCAGGCCUACGCUCGUGCCCGUGGCGCUGAUCGCAUGAGCAGCUUCGGUGACGUAAUUGCUCUGAGUGACAUUGUCGAUGUCCCCACUGCCAGCAUCAUCUCCAAGGAGGUCUCCGACGGUGUUAUUGCCCCGGGCUUCGAGCCCGCCGCUCUUGAGAUGCUCAAGAAGAAGAAGGGCGGAAAGUACCUCGUCCUGCAGAUCGACCCCGACUACGUCCCCUCCAAGACCGAGACCAGGACCGUCUACGGCGUUACUCUGCAGCAGCACCGCAAUGACAUCGAGAUUUCCCCCAAGUCUUUCAACAGAAUCAUCACCCCCAAGGAGUCGGGUCCUCUUUCCGAGUCCGCCCUGCGUGAUUUGACUGUCGCCACGAUCGCCCUGAAGUACACUCAGAGCAACUCAGUCUGCUACGCCUACAAUGGGCAGGUGAUUGGUCUGGGUGCUGGUCAGCAGUCAAGAAUCCACUGCACUCGUCUUGCGGGUGACAAGGCAGACAACUGGUGGCUCCGCUUCCACCCCCGUGUUCUGGGCAUCAAGUGGAAGAAGGGCACCAAGCGCCCGGACAAGAGCAACGCCAUCGACUUGUUGGUCAGCGGCGAGCUCCCCAAGUCUGGUGCUGAGCGUGAGAUGUUCGAGGGUGUCUUUGAGGAGGUUCCCCCCGCCUUCACUGACGCCGAGAGGGAGGAGUGGCUCGGCAAGUUGACCAACGUUGCCGUAUCGAGCGAUGCUUUCUUCCCCUUUGUUGACAACGUCUUCCGCGCAUCUCGAUCUGGUGUCAAGUACAUCGCUGCCCCUGGAGGCAGCCAAAACGACGGCGCCGUGUUCGACACUGCGGAGAAGCUGGGUAUCACGUUUGUGGAGCAGAACAUCCGUCUCUUCCAUCAUUAA